AUUAGACCGGCAUUUACAGGCCGAUAUAAAACGAACAUUUCUAUAUGACUUCCAUGUAUCAAAAGGAGCAAAAAUGGUGCCAUUUGCAGGAUGGUCCAUGCCAGUACAGUACAAUGAUGGAGUGGCCGCCUCCCACCUCCAUGUCCGGGAGCAUGCGGGUAUCUUUGACGUGAGUCACAUGGUGCAGACGAAAAUCCACGGUAAAGAUAGGGUAAAGUUCAUCGAGAGUCUGGUAGUGGGAGACAUUGCAGGUUUAAAAGAUAACCAAGGAAUGCUAACUCUGUUCACCAAUGACAAAGGCGGCAUCAAGGACGACCUGAUAGUGACGAACACGGUGGACGGCUACCUGUACGUCGUCUCCAACGCUGGGUGCGCCGAGAAGGACCUCAAGCACAUGAUGGAGUCGGUCGCUGGCUUCCGAGCGGCCGGGGGCGACGCCGCGGUGGAGCUGAUCGAGGACAGAGCCCUCGUUGCCGUGCAGGGACCCGAGGUGAUUAGCGUUCUGCAGGCGGCCGUCGACGGUGACCUCUCAACUCUGACCUUCAUGAUGUCGGUGGUGACGAGCGUGUUCGGCGUGCCCGACUGCAGGGUGACCCGCUGCGGAUACACGGGCGAGGACGGCGUCGAGAUGUCGGUGCCGGCAAACAAGGCAGUGGAAAUCUGUGAAAGACUUCUCUCCUCUCCCAAUGUCAGUAUGGCUGGUUUGGGGGCCAGAGAUAGUUUGCGAUUAGAGGCAGGACUAUGUCUAUAUGGGAAUGACAUUGAUGAGGACACCACACCCAUAGAGGCAUCUCUAGCAUGGACCAUCGGAAAGAGGAGGAGGCAGCUUGCCGACUUCCCCGGAGCAGGAAUCAUCCUAAAGCAGCUGAAGGAGAAGCCACAGAGGAGGCGAGUUGGGUUCCUCUCAGCAGGACCUCCCGCGAGAGGUGGCACAGCGAUUCUGGGUGAAGAUGGGCAGAAGGUAGGAGAGGUGACUAGUGGUUGUCCCGCUCCAUGUCUCAAGUCCCAGAAUGUGUCAAUGGGCUAUGUUCCUACUGCGCUUGCCACCAAGGGAACCAAGUUGAGGUUCGAAGUCAGAAAGAAGUCAUUUGAGGCUGUAGUCACAAAGAUGCCGUUUGUUUCGCACAGAUACUACACAGGAAAAUAGGUGGGAAACAGCAGGGAGACUGCAGCAGACCAGGGCUGUGUGGGUAGUACAGACAACACCUGGGAGGUUUAGAAACUGUGAUGAUAUAAACAAAAUGUGAUGAGCCAGUGAGAAAAUUCAAGGUCAGAAACAUCACAAGUGGUAUGACAUUACAAGUCUAACGUGUCGUGACUUUGAACGACAGUGUCGUGCGAAAGUCACGACAUUUUGGACACAUGGUAGUCAUAACUAGUUCUGAUAAAUCUGAUAACAGAUCCUAAGUUCAGAAAGGUGUGGUGUAGAAAAGAAAAUGUACAUUACCCUUACAGGACUCUUCCUAAAGCCAAACAUAAUACAACAAUCUUUGUUGCCAGGAGGUCAGAUGUAAUGCAGUCGUGUACGUGUGGCGGGCUUGUAACUGCUGCUACCAACAUUCCUGGUUUCAUUUUCGUUGAGAUUCUUUGAUUAAUUACUGCUUGACGUACAUUCUUAUUUAUUCAAUAAGAAGUAUAUAUAUAUUGGCAUGAAUUCAAAAUAAUUAUUCUUGAACUUUAUCGAUAAAUAAGACUUAGAGAUACGGAGAAUUAUCCGUUUCUUUGGGAGUGCACACCUCAGUAAACAUUGUAUUGCAAGCACCAUCGCCAUGUCACGUCACGUCACGAUAAAUAGAUCUGCCUAUAUAUCUGCAAUGAUAUAACCAUCUCUACUUUAGAUUGCUUUUACCUGACAUACCCUACUAAUAAUCAUAAUUGAUUGCAGUUGUUAUCAUAAUAAUUAUAUGAGAUUUAUAUAGGUGAUCACUUGAUUUUAAACUGGAACACUAUUAAACUAUUAACGAAGUUAAAAUGUUUUAAUUAUACUACAUACCAGUUUUUGCUGUUCAGUGCUAAUUAUAGAAGUUUGCAGUUAUUUCAAAAUGUGGCGACUGCUGUAUAUUCUGUAAUACUGGGCACUUGUAAUUUGAUGAGAUAAUUAAUGGGUCCAUUGUCAGAAACAAAAUUAGUCUCAACAUAUAUUGGUCUUCACCUUUACUUCUCACUUACUUUUUCUUGUAGACCGAACCCGCUAUACGUACACUGUGUAUGAGAAACUUUAGCAUGUUUCUGUUGAUGGUCUAUGAGAAAUAAGUUGAAUAUUAAGACUAUUGUUUUGAGACUAGUUUCGUUUCUCACAUCAGGCCCCACGUUUCAUUUAUUUUCUCAGUUAUGGGGAGGUUGGUAUGUAGCAUGAAUAAGCCUAUUGAUAUAUAAUGUUAUAGAGUAUAUAUAUCAAGAGUCUAGUAUUGAUAACUUUAUACUUUAAUACAAGUUGUGAUUUUUAUCAGAUUAUUGUUAAAAUAAAAUAAGUGUGAUGUUUUAUUAUACCAUAAUAAUAACAUAGCUAGGUUAUACUUCUAUUUAUUGUAGAAAUAGGUUUUCCAAAAAAUGUGACCCGCGAAUAGUUAACAACCAGAUUACUCACUCGUCAUGAUUUUCAUCUUGGCACCAACAGUCAUGAUUUUAAACUUUGGCAGUCACCAUUAAACAAUUGUAAACUUCUAGAUAUGAGCAUUGGCUAUCAAAAAUUCAUGCCAUCAGGAUUCUAGAGCAAAAUUUUAAUUUACAAACUAUGGUACACAAAUAAGCUCCUAUGUGUCUUCGAGGUCUGAUUAAAGCAAAAUGUAUUCACGAUCAUUAAUUCACACCAAAGUCUGUACCAACAUGAAAACAUAUUAGACUAUAUAGAUAUCUAAAAAUAUAGUCAAUUAUUUCAGUGCGAUGUAACACAUUACAGGUUGCUGGAUCACCUAGCAACACUUAUAGGUCACAAAUUUAUUAUCUGUCAGCAUUUUACUUACUUUACUACCAGUUUUAUGGCGUGAAGAAAUUGGCAUGAUGGGACAUGUGCAAAAUGCGUCCCGACUAUAAACUGAUUGUAAAACUAAUUCGGUUGUUCGUGAUUUAUAUGGAUGCUAGCUAUCUGGAGUCUACAAACCUCACAGACUAUAUGACAUUACUGUGCCGGACUAACGAUGCUAUACGAGUACACAGCUUCUUUAAGCCACUGACCGCACAGAGCCUGCGUUAGAAUAAAUUACAGUUACGUACGAGGCUCACACAUCAAGUGAAUUUACGGACACAAAUGAGCAACACUAGCACUGGGUAAUAUGUACAAUUACUAGCAGUGUUGGCAGUGGCUGCCCUCAUACUCGCGUUCAUGCCGCAUUCUAAAAUUUAUUGUGAGGAUCUCUGUUACAUUAAAGACGCUGAUUGCAUGUGCUAAGCGCACCUUGCGCAUAGCUGCUAUAUGCUAACGUUGUGUGUGCAUAUGCUUGGUUGCAAAGUUCAACAUAUACACUCUGUUGCAAGUCGAUAAAAGGUUUUCCUGCACAUUUAUCGCUACACACGAAUCCACGUGUGAAGACGAGUUUCACACAUACGAUAGAGUGAGGCUGAAGGAAUUUGCCUGAAUAAUUAUGACAUUUUAGGCACAUUUAAUUUUGUGCUACAAUACAUUAAGUAGACAUCUGUCCCUUGCCCCACACUAGAGGCCAUGGCUCGUCAAAAUAAGUACAUCAAGUGAUUAAAAUACAUCAUACACAUCAAAAUGCCAUACACAUUGAUUAUGUAGAUCAAAAUAGUCCCAUAUAAAA